CACGAACCCUGUGAAAGUUAAAAAAAGUCAUUCAUAGUUGUUUCAAGUAUUGGAAGAAAGAGAGACACAUGCGGCUAGGUUCUGAUAAGGUGAUCAAUAAUACGUUAUCAACAUGCAAAGUGCGUUAGGAAACAUACCCAACUGCAAUACCUUAUCGCUGCAUUAUGAGUGACCUUCUAUAAUCUCAAUAUUUUUUUAACAAACAAACGUUUAAAAUUGAAGGUGUCCAUAAUGAAGUGAUAAGAUUCUUUGCCUUCCUUAUUUCAAUUGUCUAUAUUCUUCUUGCAUCUACUUCAAAAUGUGUAAAAAUAUUUGUAAAAAUGGUAAAUAGGACAUUUUAACUAAGGAAAGCAGUUAUGUAGUCAGGUUGAAACUAAAAAGAGUAACUCUUUAAGAAGGUGAAAGAUUCUCUGUGGAUUCAAAGUGGAGCACGUUGCUAUUAACCUGAAAUGCGGCCGACGAUAAUCGUAAACACACACGGGUGGAAGAGCGUGUUCCCGGCCAAUUGUUAUCCCCGUAGUGGCCCUUAUCACGCGAUUUGAUAGAUCCGAUCGGAACGAAUGCGGAUAACGCGUUCUCGGUGGAUACUCGUCACGAUAAGUAGCGUGUCCUGCGUGAUCCUGUCGUCUUCGACGCGAUCGCCUCCUGAUUCGACUCACGAGCCCUUGGGGAGCUACGGAAGAAAAUCAUGAGACUGUAUCUUUCUGGCCGAUAAACGUGGCAAAUAAAAAGAGUACCACCUGAAGGAGAAACGGUAGCGGACGCUCGAUAAUGGCGAUUCUUAUAGCUGGAAUCGAGCAACUCGUGGGGUUCUUGUGCCCCUGAAUGGCUUAUCGAUUAAACACGAUACAAUGACACGUAUCGUCUCGGCGAUAGCACGCCUACCCUUAUGUCUUUUCUGAAGGUGAACAAAUUGUUGAACGACGCCCUUUGCCACGUGUACCGACGACGAUGACGUUAUCUAAGGUCGUGGCCUUUCUCAGUCUUCUCCAUUUGGCGGCAGCCAUCGAAGAUCAAACUGUAUGUCCCAAGAAUAGAAGCGUGUUUGAAAUUCCUGGUGAUGCUGUGUUAUCUGUGUUCCUGGAUGUUAAUCACGGACCAUAUUGCAACAGUACAUCCAUCAAGGGUCUACAAGAAAUUUUCACGGCCUCUUACGUGAUACAUGCUUUAAAUAAAUACGAAUUCAUAUCUGGAUUUACUCUAGGUCUGAAAGUCUUCGACACCUGCCACGACGAGAUGACUGUGUACAAACAGGCAUUGCAAACGGCAGUCGAUUCCGAUUGCGAGGAUCGUUACGAAAUGGGGAUACUGUUACCAUCGGAAUACUUGGCGAUUCUAGAGCCACUUCGUAAUUACAGCAUAUUACCGAUCAGCACCUACGACGAGCAAAAUUUAACGAAACCUUUGAUCAGUCUGAUGGUACAUUACCUGACCACGAGAUUCGAGACGGUUGACGUAGUGUUAGCCAGCUCUGGCUACGCCGUGAAUUUGUUCCUGGACAUGACUAAAGAGGCUGGAGUUUGCGUGAAGCGUUACGGUGAUACUUUAGAGUUGGAUGAAAGUGAAACGGAAGUUGUGAUCGCUGUGGUUGGUCAGAGAAACGAUGUGAGACAGUGGAUCGAGAGAGGAGAGAAGCUUCAAGGAGCUAGGAAAACCUGGGUCGUCUCGACCCUCGAUGGAUCCAACGUUGACGACCUAGUUCCUCCAGGCUCCUACGUCAUCAAAACUUCACCGUUCGACUUGGAAGUCCUACAGGAAGCCUCCUCGACGGAGGAGUUUCUUCAGGCAGCUAGCAGUUCCGUCAUCUACUCGCCGCAUCUCCUUGGCAUCGGUAAAGCGAUCGUCGAGCUGGCGCAGUUGUUACAGGAGCUACACAAAAGAAAUUGUCCUCGAGGAACGGAAGGUUCUUGCGUGAUGCCCAGGUUCAGCACUCACUCGAAACUGGAGAUCCGAAACGCGGACGUGUACAACGCACUUCGCAUUCUGCCGAAAUCACACUCGAUCAAGUAUAUCGUGGCGAUGAAGAGCCAGGAAGAGCUGAUCGAUACAGCCGUAUACAGGAUCGAACCGGCUAACUCGAAGUUCAGGAUCACGCCGGAAUCGAGGGUACCCAAGAUGCCGAAGCUGUGCGUGAAGAAGUACCUGAAGAACUGUGAAGACUGUUCGAAUUUCAAGAAGAGAUUCGGCCCACGCGGUGUGACCAAAGAUACACUCGACAGAGGUUUAUUAAAGCCGGGCAACUGGAUAGCAAUUUUCCUGACGAUGGUUGUGUGCGGCACGUUCGCCUGCGGCGUGAUCGCCGUCUUCAUUAUCUACCGCUUCAUCGUCGAGGACGUUCUCGAUGGGAAUCCAGCGUUAACGAUCGUACUGAUACUGGCGAAUGUUUUCACGUUGCAGACGGUGCUACCGUUCUGCAUCAACGACGAUUACAUAGGCGCUGAAACGUUAAACUCGAGGAAGAUCUUAGUUACAACGCUGGCAUUUGGAAUCGAUUACUCCGUGAUGCUGUCAAGAGCGUUCUUUCUCGUGUUCUCCAAGGGUGGUGUGUUCACAGCUCACAUAAACGGAUACCUGCAGGGAUUGAUGGUGUUCUUCAUGUUCUGCGUCCAACUAGCCCUGUCCGUUAUGUUCUUUGCGCUCAGUACCGAUGAUUCUACCGUGGUUGUGAGGAGUCUUACUUUCAUCGCUUUGCUAAGCUACGAUAUAUUUCUACUGGUCACUCUAUUCGUCGUGUGCUUCUUCAUAUCACGAUUGCCACGAAAUUAUCGGGAAGGAAAGUGUUUCUUCGGUACCUCGAUCGGUCUGUUAAUCACCUGGGCAAUCUGGUUGACCUGCUUCAUCCUUGUGGAGCCAGAAUGUCGCGACAUGGUCGUCUGUUUCGGCAUCAUUGCCACGGCGUACUUAAUCAUCAUCGGUGUGCUGAUACCGAGGACCUAUUACAUGAUUAAACACCUAGCUAGGGGAAAGGAGUUUGGACAGAGAUUUGGAUCCGGUGAUCUUGUUGCUGAUCCAAGGAUUAGUACUAUUGGCAGACAGACUCGUCCGUUUUACGAUUACGUGCACCCAGCUGGAGGAAGUACAACGAAUUUACAGGUGACAUCUGCGUACCCCAAUUAUUACGGUAGCUCGAGUCCGAAUCAAAAGUACCUGGGUCCGUACAGGAACUCCGACACGAGGAGAAACCCUGGAUACAACAAUUACGGAUAUCAUUCCGAAAUGCGAGAAUCAAGGACCAGCCCCGUGGAACGGAACCACGCGAGCCUGACGUACGCGCGUCCCAAAUGUCACCGGAAACGGAAGACCAAAGACGAAAAAGAGUGCAUAGAAACCGACGUGUACAUCGAGGGUAACUACCCAUCCGCUCGUAGGAUACACGACGAGAUUUAUCCUGCGAGAUCCUGCAGUCCUAGGCUGACUCAAACCGAGGCGACCAUCCGCGAAGAGGACGAAGAGGACAAUGUGACCAGAAUAACCCGAUUCUGAGCCGGUGUUCAUAUCGUAGUCACGGGACGCAUAGAAAAACGUCCCCGCGACGAAAUAAAUCACAAGUUCCAUCCCAUCAGUCGACCCUCGUGAAGAAUCUAUUUCUUUUUCAUCCGAUGUUUUGUAACGAGAGAUGUUCCAUAGAUUUUCAUGGAGUUCUUCUUCUGCCUAGUUUUCUAUUUAACUUCCUGUUAAACGUAAUACAAAAAUUUUCAAUUUAAAAUUCUUCAAAAUAUUCUAAAGUGUAUUAAUCAACGAAACUAUAGAGAAA